AUGCGCAAAAGGCUGUACAGCUUGCCGCAAAACAUUGGCCAAAAAGGCUCUGUGUCUGUGAUGGUUGACGACGGAGGAGAAUACGGUGGUGGCGACAAGGACACCAAGAAGAAAAGUACCGGUAUAAGGCUGAAGUCUCUCCCUCCUCCUGGACCUUCAUCCCCCACCAGCAGCUGGAAGAGCAACGGGGACCGGGACCCCAAGAGCGGAACCGCCGGAGACUUGGAAACGGACGUUGCCAUCAAGAACAACUUGAAUGGGGACUGUCGUCUGGUCAGAGGUAGCCUUUCCUCCAUCACUGGACGACACACUCUUGGGUCAGAUCUAGCUGAGCAGCAGAGGCUGAUCUCUGAGGCAGACGCCGGUGCUAACGAGGAGAGUUACCCCGGAGGAGAGACUGGUCUGGGGGGCGAGCAGGGAGCGCAGGGUGCCGGUGGUCGCGGUGCUGGCGCACAUCGCCGAUCGUCCGUCUUCGAUCAGUCCACUUUUAUCAAGUUAGAAGGAACCGAACCGAUCAUGCCAGACGAAGCAGAGCAGUUGUACCGGGUGGGCUUCAUGCACCGGCAGUUCGGGGCGAUGCUUCAACCGGGAGUCAACAAGUUCUCUCUGAGAAUGUUGGGGAGCGAGAGGGCGGUGGAGCACGAGAGAGAACGCGUCAAGUCUGCAGGAUUCUGGAUCAUUCACCCAUACAGUGAUUUUAGGUAA